UAGCGGAACCUCGUGUUUAAUGCUGUUUGUUAACUUUCGGCUGACAUUCGCUCCUGUCUGGUCACUUGUCAAUUGCUGACCAAUUCGCACUCAUCACCAUAUUCAAAAGCCUAUGUAGCUUUUUAUACUUAUCAGUACCCACAAACCUCAAGAAUAAGGCCCGUGGCUGUCAUUCUAUAUCUAUGAUACGCCAUUUUGCGUAUGACAACUGGGAUGCACUUAGGCUUAGUUAGCAAUUUCAAAAACACUUCAAGAGUCGCAAUACACUCUAUUUAUAGGUCCGGCUGGAUCUCGUAUUCUUCCUGCACGCAUCAAUGUGGGAACUCGGGAACUCGCACCUACAAAAGUAGCUCGUUUACCAAAUUUGUGUUUAGACGACCGCCACCUUUGUAACCUUUUGUACAAUGCCUUUGCUUUUGGAUAACGAUUAUGCCAUUAAGUUGAUAUAUUAUAAAUGAUGUGCUUAAGUAGGUGGAAUGCGGAACUUUAAAAUAUAAGUUAGCUUCACAGCCUUAGAAUAUCUGGUUUCAAGGCGGGAAACCUUGAAGCAUUUUCACACUUGUAUGUGACUCACGAGAGCCAUGAGAGUCGCUGCCAUCGUGGUCUUAUUGCUGUUAGUAUCGGGGGUAAAUGGCUGGCGGCGAAGACGAAGACGUCGUAGGCCUCCCCCUUGUACAGCUAAGAAUUGCAUCGUGUCCGGUUGGAGCUCGUAUUCUUCCUGCUCGCAUCAAUGUGGGAACUCGGGAACUAGAACUCGCACCAGGCGAGUAACGAGGGCACAGGAAUGUGGUGGAACAUGUCCCUAUCAUCUCUCGGAGACUAUUGCUUGUAAUAGAGAUGCAUGUAGGAAUGGUGGUACCCCGGCCAACGGGUAUUGUCGCUGUAGAGUUGGAUAUCGAGGAACGUGCUGUGAACACGAUAUUGACGAGUGUGCCACACAGAGACCAUGCCAGCACUUCUGCACCAACACGUACGGCAGCUACACGUGCAAAUGCAAGCCGUGUUACACCAAGCUUGGAACUCGAUGCGAGCUCAGGCAGUGCUCUAUCGGCGGGACGUGUUAUCCUUACGGCACUGUCAACCAACACAAUCCCUGUCAGGUCUGCAGCAGCGCCAACAUGUUUGCAUGGAGCCAUCGAGACGCGCCGAGUUGCAGCGACGGUGUGGCGUGUACAAAGAAUGAUCGAUGCGUCAAUCAGCGGUGUGUUGGCACUCCGUACACGUGCUUGCCGUGUGAAAAAUGCCAUGCGGACACGUGCGUCGUCAAACCCGGCUUUUGUUUGAUCGUGGUGACUGGCACAAAGACGUGCUUCACGCACAAGGAUUUGAGGCCUGGGUACCAGUGUCAGGAAUGCGACAGCAAUAACAUUUACCGAUGGACGGUCAACAACAACCUUCCCUGCACAGACAACAACGUGAAAACCAAGAAUGAUCGAUGCUUCAAUGGCACGUGCUUAAAAGGCGUCCCGUAUCCCUGCUUGCCUUGCGAGCAUCACGAUGGGUUCGGGUGCCCAUUGAAUCCUGGGUACUGCAUCAUCGAGCAUGAAGGUCAGCGGACGUGCUUUGCAACAAAGCAGUUUCUUCCUGGAAAUCCCUGUCAGUGGUGUGACCCUUCUGUCAGCACCAGCAGUUGGACAAGCCGUGACGGUGUACCAUGUGACGAUGGCAACAAGUGCACUGCCGCUGACACCUGCACGCGCGGACUUUGCACCAGCAAGCCGCUGACCUGUAAUGAGCGAUGUCAGUUCUGCAACGGUUAUGCCUGUGGUAAUAAACCCGGCUUCGGAUUCAGAAACAGGAACUGUACUUGCAGAAUUGGAGGGAAGGACUACAGCCAUCAAGAAAUCAACCCGGUCAAUCAGUGUCAAUGGUGUGACAUCUACGAUGACAUCGCCAAGGCAACAGGAAGUUGGACAAACCGCCCCAGCAUGCCUUGCAACGACAGGAACCCUUGCACCAAACGAGACCAGUGCGUGAUGGGAAAGUGUGAGGGCGUGGCGUACAGCUGCCAAUCAAAGCAAGCUUUCUCUAGCUGUAUCCUGCGGUCGGAGUGUGUGGGAGACGGGACCUGUCGUGACGUCAUUAGACCAGCUGGUACUAUCUGUAGACCGCCAGUGGACGGUUGUGACAGACCAGAGAAAUGUGACGGUCGUCUGGGUACGUGUCCCGCGGCAGUGACUGAACAAAUAACAGUGAAAACGGGUUCAUUACAUCUCAUGGACUCCAGUUUCACCAAGAAGACAACCUUCCAGUCCUCAACCAGCAAUCUCUUCCUUCAGAUCACAAACUUCACAGUCAGUUGUGGCACCUUGAAAUACUCCUGGUUCCUCCUAAAGGGCGACGACGCCUGUAGGAUAAAGAGUUACCUUACGAAAGGGGUUCUACUAACAACCGAAAAAACACAAGUUUUGAAUAACCUGACAUUAGUUGAUAGCCAGAUCUAUAAGGUUGCGGUUGAGGUAACGGACGAGAGGAAAGAGAGGCACCCGCUAGUAUGUAGUGAUUUCGUUACUGUGGACGCAACAGUUCCCCAGGGAGGGUGGGUACGGGAUGGAAGUACGGGGGAUGCGAAGUAUCAGUUUUCAAGGUUGAUUACUGCUCGAUGGGGAGGAUUCACAUCAAGAAAUGGAAUUGCAAAAUACGAGUGGGACAUCUUGAAUAGGCCAUUUGGGAGCAGCACAACAAUGAGAUUAUUGACGAAGGAUGUUGGCCUGCAAACUACCGCUUCGCAGUCCUGGAAUGGUAUUACGGAUGGAUCUCUCGUUACGUCUAAAGUGCGUGCGUUCACAAAAGCUGGACUGUACACAGAGCGAAUUAGCAAUGGCGUUAUCAUAGACACGUCCCCACCAGUUAAAGGCAGGGUAUACGAUGGCUACGGACCUGGAGAUUCUCAGUAUGUCAAGUGGACUAACACGUUCACUGCUCACUGGGAUGCUUUCAGUGAUAUCCAUUCCGAAAUGUCGUCCUAUGAAUGGGCGAUCAAGAGAUCUGAAGUGUUCAUCACUUCGUACAAGAACACGGCUCUUAGACGUAAUGAUACUAUCACUGGGUUGAACUUAGCCAACGCGGAGACCUAUUGUGCUGUCGUUCGCGGCUACAACAAAGCUGGGCUCAAGACAGAGGCGGGGUCAAACUGCGUGUAUGUAGACCAAAAUCCUCCGCGCGCAGGCAUAGUUAACGAUGGUGCAGCCGGUGACGUCGAUAACCAGGCCAGCGGUAGCUACAUUGCGGCAAACUGGGACGGGUUUGGUGACGGUGCCAAGGGCAGUGGUAUCAGAGAGUACAUGUACAAGAUCACAGAUGACGCGGGGAAUCUUAUCGUUGAUUGGAUGUCAGUGGGCACCAGAACCAGUAUGAACCAAUCCGGAUUGGUCUUACAAAACGGGAAGACGUAUCACGUGACUAUACGUGCGCAGGAUGCAGCUGGUUGGCAUACUGACGUCACGAGUGAUGGUGUGAAGGUUGACACGACAAAACCGGUUUUUACUGGGACUGUUGCCGUAUCCGGGAUCGUAGGGACAACGAAUGGGACCACGGCAGUCUACAUAACAAGUACGAGUGUUUUAGAAGCCUCAUGGCGCGGUUUCGCGCAUGGCAGUAGUGGGCUGAGCUACUAUCAAUGGGCCAUCAUCCCCGCUUCAGAUAAACUCAAAGAUUCCGAUCUCAAGCGAGUCACGGCUUCUGGGCUACCGACAUCAGCUUUGUUCUCUAAUCUCACACUCGUCGAAGGACAUGCUUACAAGUUGGUCAUUCGCGCCCAUAACCACGCUUUCCUGUACACGGAUGCCUACUCAGAUAACAUAAUCCCCGACCCCUCUCCCCCUGAACCUGGGAUUGUAUCCGACGGAGCCACAGAUGACGUCAGCUACCAGACUUGGCUCGAUCACGUGGAAGCCACGUGGACACCAUUCGUCGAGCCCCACACUCGGGUUAAGCAGUACUAUUUUGCAAUUGGAAGCUGUAGCCUUGGCAACUACCACGUGACAGGAAACAGGUUUCUAACCGUGUCACCUCCGACAUCAAACUCUGUUGUGUUCAGAGGUGCGAGACUUGUCAAUGGUCAGACGUACUGCACGAAAGUAAAGGCUGAGAACAUGGCGGGGGUAUUCAGUAAGGAGGUCUCGUCGAAUGGGUUCCUGGUGGACGCCACGCCCCCGGCAAUCAAUCAGGCCAGAGUCGUUGAUGGGUUGACAGGAACAGAUGUAGAUUUCCAAGACAGUGUCUCAGGAAUGUCGGCCAUGUGGGAGGGGAUCGAGGAUAUUGAGUCGAAAAUAGCGUUUUAUGAAGUUGGCUUGAGCACAGCUCGGAAUGGAGAUGCUAACAUAGUAACGUUCCAGAACGUUGGACUCAACACGAGUGUACGCGUUGAUAUCCUCGCGCUACGUGAUGGGGUAUACUACGCAAAGGUGUGCGCUUUUAAUAAGGCAGGGCUCAAGGCAUGUAUCAGCUCAGAUGGGUUUAUUAUCGACUCUACACCACCGCACAAGGGCGUGGUAAACGAUGGGGUUAUAGAGCCCGAUUUAAAGUACCAAUCGUCGAAAACAAUGAUGUCUGCAAACUGGGGAGGAAUUUGGGAUUUGGAAAGCGGGCUCGAGAAGUUCGAAUGGGCAAUCAGGGAGAACGCAACUAAUGCGACUGUCAUGGAUUUUAAGGACGCUGGCUUGGCUACUCACGUGACCAGUGACGCAAUCAACCUCGAGAAUGGAAAGACGUAUUACGUUUUACUGAGGGCGACCAAUAAGGCUGGUGACGUGAGGGAGCUUCACUCGAAUGGCGUGACUAUAGAUAAUACACCUCCGUUGCCAAAUCCCGUACACCCGGGCUAUAGAGACAGUAACGGGUGGGUCCAGUCCGGGGGGAUGUUUUAUUCAUCGAAUAUAUCCCACAUCUCUGCUCACUGGCGUCCGUUCGUUGACGAAGAAAGCGAAAUUUGGUUCUACAAGUGGGCCGUCGGCACAACAAGAUGCGGUGGACAAGUCCAAUCUUUUGUGAACAUAGGCCAAGAGACCAGAGCUAACGAAUCAGCUGCCAGUCUCGGGCUUAUAAAUGGCGUCAAGUAUUACGUCACUGUGACGUCAAUGAACAGAGCCAAUCAGAACUCGCGUAGCUGCUCAGAUGCUUUUGUGUUCGACAAUACUCCUCCUCAGAUGGGCAAUAUCAUUAUCGGCAGCGUAAGUAGACAUCAGAAGUUCAUCAAAGCCGCCGAGUCGCUUAUCAGAAUAUAUUGGGAUGGGGUAGACGACAGAGAGAGUGGAUUAAAAUACUGCUCCAUGUUCACUGAGAAGGGCUCAGAACAUCGUAUUCUUGCGACGAAUAUUACAGUGGAAUCAGGUUUUAGUAGUAUCACGAAGGAUGCUUUUAACGGUUCACACUACAACAGAGUUGCAAUGCAGUGUGUGAAUACCGUAGGGUUGUCAAGUAUCGUUUGGUCAGAUGUCUUCGUGAUCGACAGCUCGCCACCAGUUCCCCGCGGCGAAGUGCUUGUAGGGGAGUCACGUGAUGCGGCCCACCAGUAUCAAUCAUCAACGAAUUCCAUGACAAUGUCAUGGUCCCUGUUCGCGGACGACGAGAGCCCAGUGACUGAAUACUGGGUUGCCAUAGGAACAGCCCCUCAUAUGUACGACGUUCUGAAAUACCUUAGCGUCGGCCUCGUCACGCAACAUGUCCAAAGAAGCCUCCGGCUGUCACAUAACAUGACGUACUAUGUCACGGUUCUGGCAUGGAACGCCGUCGGGUUGAACGCCUCAGUCACAGGGUUGCCUGUCCUCAUCGAUAAAACACCACCACAUGCACCCCAUGACAGCGUAAAGAUUGGUAACAGUGGAGAGAGUCUUAGUUACAUGACCCUUGGUGACACCUUACAAGCCCACUGGGAAGCCAUUGAAGACCACGAAAGUGGAGUCAAAAGCAGCAGAUACUGCGUUGGUACUGUCCCACAUGGAUGUCAAAUCACAGGCCCCAUAGACACCGCAAAUUCGCGGUUUUCGUGUCCACUGUGUGCGUUGGAACACGGCGAGAAAGUCUUUGUAACGGUCACAGUAACCAACAAUGCAGUGCUGUCCACCACACGCUGGUCCAAAGGAGUACAGAUAGAUGACACACCUCCUUCAAUCAGUGACGUCAUAGACGGUGAUGACAUUAAAGAUGACGUCAUCCAUAAAGACCUGGAGACGGCUCUAGAAAAGUGGCAUGUGACUGCCACGUGGCAAGGUGUCGAGGACAGGGAAAGUGGAAUCGUAAGAUGCACGUGGCGACUCUUAGACAUGAAUGAUAACGAGGUUUUCUCGAAAACCCUCAAAGGGCCGAACAUACUUGGGCGUAAAGUGACAUUGAAAAGUAACAUGACGUAUGGCUCUAUUCCUGGAAACUCGUCAUUUUACUAUAAUGUUAUCAAGUGCACGAACGGCGCGAAGCUUGUUUCCGAGUCAAAGUCGAACGGCUUCGUUGUGGUCUCGGAAUGGCCGACCCCUGCCGAAGUACGAGAUGGCCCCACCUUCGGUAGCGACCUUGAUUACGUAACAAGUACGACUCAUGUAAGCGCCAACUGGGACAACUUCCAAACAAACGAAAAGGACCCAGUUGCUUACUACGCAUGGGCCGUAGGUUCCGCCGCUGGUCUCGAUGAUCUGUUGAAGUUCCAAAGCGUUGGGCUCGUGAACUCGGUAGAGACUGGGUUACCUGCACACAAGCAGAUGAAAGCAGGGAGAAUGUACUAUGUUACAGUCGAGGCGACCUCAAUCAGCGGCUUAGCUUCGAGGAGUAGCUCCGACGGGUUCACUGUGGAUGAUACGUCACCAGUCGGCGCUGACGUCACAGUGUCCUUUACGAUAUCUGAUGACGACCAGGGAGUGGUCGAUUUGUUUUUGAACUGGGAUGGUGUUCGGGAUGAGGAGAGUGGUAUUUUCGACUCGCAGUAUUGCGUAGCGUCUACGCCAGGGUCAUGCCUUUUCUCAUCAGUCUCUAACGGAAAUCUGACAGCGAGCAGUUUUGUGUCAUUCAUGCCCGCCUCCUUACAGGACUACUACGUCAUUGUCAAAAUCUCAAACAACGCUCGAUUAGCAACAGUACUUCUAUCCGACAAGUUUUCAUUCGACACGACACCGCCGACACAAGGCGAUGUUGAAGAUCUGAUCGGAAGUGACGCAAAAACCGGAAGUGGCAUCAAAACAGGAAGUGGUGUCAAAAUCACUAGUAAUAAUACCCACGUGGCAGCUCGGUGGGGAGGAUUUGAAGACCUGGAAUCUGGUGUCCAGAACUGCACGUGGUCUCUGGUCCAGCAAGCACCAACUGCGAACCGAUCCUCCUUUGGUAACGAUACCAUAGUAUUUCAGGAAAGUGUUCCAGCCAAGGGUGAGGCCACUCGCGGUGGGUUGAGCCUCAGCCCGGGCUCCAAAUGUUUCAGCCGCGUGACCUGUCAGAACAGGGACGGAUUUAAGGUGAUUUCAGACGGUAAAGGCGUCAUCGUCGACGUUUCACCACCUGCCAUUGGUAACGUGUCCGACGGAAAAGACGUCACGAAUGACCUGAAAAUCAUCGCCGUAAAUGACACCGUGCAUGCGACAUGGACUGCUUUCAAAGAUCCCGAGAGUGGUGUCAUAGCGUACCGGUGGGGCCUUGGGACUGCUCUGGGCGUCGAUGACGUCAUUGCGUUGCGUUCCGCUGGUUUAGAGAUGGCGGGCUCGGCAAAGCGCGUUAAUCUUACGACUGGGGUGAAGUAUUUCGUUACGGUCGAAGCGAAGAAUGGUGCGGGUCUUUUGUCACAAGCGUGGUCCAAUGGAUUCAUUGUCGAUGAUACUCCCCCAGAACUAAGAGAUUUGACUCUCGGGCCGCGCCUGUGGAUAAGACCUGGCGAAACACUCUCAGCAAACUGGAAAUCACGUGACCCAGAAAGUGGAGUCACCAGGACAGAGUAUUGCGUAGGUUCCACCCCAGCGGGUUGCCAAAUCUCACGCAUGCGCGAGAUCCUGCCAACCGCGAUGCAUGUGUCGUGCAACGACUGCAAUCUGCAGGAGUUCGUGAGUUAUUACGUCACCGUUCGAGUGUGGAACUCAGUGGGCCUGUGGACGUCAAAGACGAGUUCGAGCGUCGAAGUGGACCUGACCCCACCCAUUCCAGGGACCAUAACUCCGUCUCAAGCCGCUAUCGCCUGCAUUAGCAAGUGCACUCUCAUAUCAACCAUAACCCCUUUCAUUGACCACGAAAGCGGCAUCAAAAGCUGCCAAUUUGCCAUCCGUGAUUCAAACAAUAGAUACAUUACGUCAUUCAAGAACUACCUCCCGGGCGGCGUCGCGCGAGCCAUCGAUUUAACGCUCGUGUCGGGACAGCGGUACUACACUGUUGUGUCAUGCGUUGAUAAUGCUGGUCUUGUGACCGAGGCUGUCUCAGAAGAAGGGACUCUUGUCGAUGUUACCCCGCCUACAAAGGGUCACGUGAUUGUGAGCCCGGACCGCACGCACGACGUGUACCAUAUUCAUUCAAACUGCCACCUCUACAACAAGACACUGCGGGCUUACUGGUCAAGAUUUAAUGACUUGGAAUCUGGUAUAACUGGCUUCAGAAUUGCCAUAGGGACUCUACCUUCAAACACUACCAACAUCUACCCUUACACCGACGUGGGUAUCAGCACAAGUUUUGAAGUCCUCCUGGAUGACAAGCUAGGUGUCAGCAAUGGGGACAUCAUUUAUGUCAGUGUGGAGGCACGUAAUGCAGCAGGACUCAUUACCACGGUGACAUCACCACCAACAAAGCUUGUGUCAGCAGAUGUCUUGGAUUGGUGGAAAGAGGGAGACUUCUCGUGUCUAAAUUUCUAAACUAGCUUGAAAAAGAUAAAGAGGGACUUCUUUUUAACAGUAGUGACACAGCCAGUUUAGAUUUAGACACUUAUAUCUGAGAUUCGUAGACAGUGACUCCACUUGAAGCAUGAUGCUUGAGCUUCUAUGAGUAUUCUGUUUCUUGGAAUCUGUAAUCAAAACAAAUAUUCAGAGCACUUAGCACCCGUAAAAUCACACAUCAGGAAUACAAGUCAAUUACAUAAGGGAGAAGUUGAUAGGGCUGGUCAUAACAAUCAUGUGUUUGUGAAACAAUGUGGUAAAGAUUAGGUUUGUAGAUAAAAAAACAUACAUCAAUUAAACAGAAAGUCGUGAA